AUGUGACCAAUACCGCUACUCUCACGUGACAAGACCAAGACUUGAUAGUAGAGAUCCAGUGAAUCUGCCAAAAUGCUUUAUCGAAUUUUAAUCAGUUUCCUCCUGGCAGCUUCAUGCUUUGCAGCGUAUGCUCCAGAUGAAGUCACAAAUUUACCUGGAAUUCCUUCUGAAGCCCCACCUUUCAAGCAAUAUUCUGGAUAUCUGAAUGCGACGGGUGACAAACUGUUUCAUUAUUGGUUUGUUGAAUCCCAGAGCAGUCCAUCUGUGGAUCCUGUUGUGCUUUGGUUGAAUGGUGGACCAGGCUGUAGCUCCUUGGAUGGCUAUCUUUCAGAAUUGGGUCCGUUUCAUGUGAACAACGAUGGCGCUACACUGUACCUCAACGAUUACAGCUGGAACAAACAGGCCAAUGUGAUCUUCUUGGAGAGUCCAGCUGGUGUUGGUUUCUCUUAUUCACCUUCAGGAGACAUCAAGACGGAUGAUGAUCAGGUAGCAGACGACAACUACCAAGCUCUUCAGAAUUUUUUUGUCAAGUUUCCAGAAUACCUCAAUAACACCUUUUACCUUACGGGCGAGAGCUAUGGAGGUAUUUACAUCCCAACUCUAGCUUUGAAGAUUAUGAAAGGAAACACAUCAAUUAAAUUGGAGGGUUUUGCCAUCGGUAAUGGUCUACUAAACGUAACAAGCAAUUAUGAUUCUGCCGUCUACUUUGGCUACUAUCAUGCACUGUUUGACCAGGAUGUUUGGAAUGAUCUUCAGACAUAUUGCUGUGAAAAUGGUGUUUGUAGGUUCUUCCAGCCUACGGACCAGCAAUGCAAAGAUGCUUGUGAUAUAGCAGAAUCAUUCAUAUAUAGAAGCGGUAUCAACACCUACAACAUAUAUCAGGACUGUACUGGAGGGAUCCCUACUCGAACCAAAAGAUAUCAAUUUGAUCUUUGGUCUUCACUGGGAAUCCAUUACAAGACUCCACAUCCAAAGCAUUUUGAAAAACCACAGACCAAUUCCUCUUUGAGGUUAACGCACUAUGCAUCUCAUGGUUUCAUGACAUCUAAAGUAGGAGAUCCUGAAUGCAGUGAUACUACUGCUGUUACAACCUAUCUUGGUCGGGCUGAUGUCAGGCUAGCUCUCCAUAUACCUGCGUCUGUACAGCCCUGGGAGGUCUGUAGUGAUGCUGUCGGUGGUAACUACACAAUGCAAUAUCAGUCUGUCAAGCCGCUGAUUGAAUCAAUGCUCACCAAGUACAGGGGACUCUUUUACAACGGCGAUGCGGAUAUCGUCUGCAACUUCCUCGGUGCGCAGUGGUUCGUGAAGGACCUCCACCAAGCCGAAAAGACGUCCAGACGUCCCUGGAAGGUUGGCACGCAGGUGGCUGGAUUCGCCCAUGAGUUCUUGAAUGUGACGGUUGCCACGGUGAAGGGGUCAGGUCACUUGGUCCCGAUGUGGAAGCCUGCUGAGUCAUACCAUAUGAUCACGCAGUUCCUGAAUAACCAACCUUUAUAAGUAGACUUGGUAUAUAGGUUACAGAUAUGUGAUAUCGCAAGGAUUCAUCUCCAUGUUAGCUGGUUUCAAACAAUAUUCUUUAUACUCCCCUGGUGCGAUGUCAUGAAAAUACACAACGCUAGCUUCCCCUAGCUCCAAAACUUAUUCAGAGUUUUUAAAACUAAUCCAGCGCUCCGUAACACAAAGACUAGCGAUCAAUCGCUUAAUGAACUGACCAAUCAAUAUCAUUGUUAAAGGCGCAUUAGGUUUAAAUACUGACCAGGGACCAAUCAGUGCGGUUCUUUCAUAUUUGCGAUUCAUCGCAAACCUUUGUGUUACUUAGCCCAGAUCACAUUGACACCUCAACAACUAGUGACUUUUCGGGACCAUCUUCAUUUUGUAUUUGGUGUUAUAAUCGUGUCAAAAUUGACCUAACAC